AUGACGAAGCCGCUGCGGAUCCGGGUAAUUACCCGUUCGCACGUCCGACCCUCGGGCAAACGACCGACGGCGAUCGACGUCUACGUCAAGUUUACCGGCGAUCUGCCGGCGCUGUUAAACUUGGCAAUGUGCUUUUCCUCGGGAAACGACCACGCCUACGUGAAGAUGGAAGCUGCCAACUAUCUCGGAGAGCACGUCGUCCCGCUCGAGGUCCCGAAAACCGCCGGCGAAUACAACAUGGAGUUCGCCCUCACAUCCGAAUGGCGACCAAUUUGUUCCUGGGUCUCAGACCCUAUCCAAGUGAACAUGACGGACGAGAUUCGGCCAGUCCACACCACCGCGGCCUAUACCUUCGAGUACGGACGGAAUAGCUGGUUGUCGGUGGGCGACGGGCGCCUUCUCCUUAAGGACGAAUCCACCCCUUUUGCCAUCGAAGCAGUGACCAGGAACAAAUUCCUCUACGGACGGGAUAGCGUUCAGCUGCAGGCCCGCCAGCUACCUGUCAACAAUGUGCAACUGAAGCAGGAGUUGAACCGAAAUACCUGCUGCGAAAACGCGCCGACCAAGAUUUACGUUUGCGGCAAGGCUCUCGGCGUCUCGGGCACACAUUUGCUCAAAAGCAUUGAGCCUGGCGAGGGCCGAGCCGGCGUCGAAGCUGCAGUUUUCGUCCCGCAUCGAGUCAAUGUCUUGUCGACUUCUGUCUGCGCACCACAUCUGUGGCCAAAAAGUUGCUGCAUCAAUGUCCCCACGGUGUACGCUCAACACGGACACCUUGCGGUGACUCUCGACCAUGAUGACUGCAAGAUGUCAAUCGCCGACGACGUGUGUGUCCUUGUCAAUAAGACAAAAUUCGACGACAAGUGGAAGCUGUGUUUCGCCCCCCCGCCCCGCAACACGGCCCUGGUUGCAGAUCUUCAAAGGGUCUUCUUGACAAUUCGAGGCGUAAUCGUCAUGCUCCCGCAGGCCUUUAACACGAAGUCCGGGGAACUCACCAAGAAAUGCGUC